UGUGAGAUUUGCAAAAAAGCCUUCUCACUUAAAUCUGAUUUAGUAAAACACAUAAGAGUACAUACAAACGAGAAACCAUAUAUCUGUGAUAUUUGCAAAAAACCCUUCUCUCAGAAAAGUAAUUUAGUAGUGCACUUGAGAGUACAUACAAAGGAGAAGCCAUAUAUCUGUGAUAUUUGCAAAAAAGCCUUCUCUCUGAAAAAUCAUCUUGUAGUGCACAUGACAGUACAUACAAAGGAGAAACCAUAUAGCUGUGGGAUUUGUAAUAAGGACUUCUCAGGUAUAUCAGGCUUAGUGAAUCACAGAAGGAUACAUACAAAGGAGAAACCAUAUGUUUGUGACAUUUGCAAAAAAGCCUUCUCUCAGAAAGGUUCUUUAGUAAGUCACAUGAGAAUACAUACAAAGGAGAAACCAUAUAGCUGUGAGAUUUGCAAUAAGGACUUUUCACAAAAAUUUGACUUGGUGAGACACAUGAGAGUACAUACAAAGGAGAAACCAUAUAAAUGUGAGCUUUGCAUUAAGAACUUUUCAUAUAGAUCUGGCUUAGUGAAACACAGAAGAGUACAUACAAAGGAGAAACCAUAUAUCUGUGACAUUUGCAAAAAAGCUUUCUCUCAGAAAAAUAAUCUAUUACAGCACAUGAGAGUACAUACAAAGGAAAAACCAUAUAUCUGCGACAUUUGCAAAAAAGCUUUCUCUCAGAAAGGUUCUCUGGUAAGCCACAUGAGAGUACAUACAAAUGAGAAACCAUAUAUCUGCGACAUUUGCAAAACUUCUCUCAGAAAAGUUCUCUGGUAAGCCACAUGAGAGUACAUACAAAUGAGAAACCAUAUAUCUGUGACAUUUGCCAAAAAGCCUUCUCUCAGAAAGAUAAUCUAGUAAGGCACAUGAAAAGGAGAAACCAUG